CCAACUUGGCACUAUGGUAUUUGGCUACCAAUGGUGAUUUAGUAAAUGUCAAAAAUAUUCUUUAAUUUCAGAAUUUUCUCAAAAUGAGUGCAAUUGGUUUAUAAUAUAUUGUUAAGUUUCAAUGUUUUUCAGUUUUAAGUUGUUGUGAAUUUUAAUACAAUUGUAAAAUGGAGUCUGACGAAGCUCAUCACGGGGAUGUGCCUGAUGGCGCGGAAGUGUCGCCUUUAGUAGAAAACCAAGCCGAAGAUGCCGUGGACGCUUCAGACAAUAAUGUUACAAGUAACGAAGACGCAGCUGUCGCUGAAGAGUCAGCUACAAAUGGAGGUCCUACCAGUAGCAGCGAUGGCUUAGAUGUUGACGCCGGCGCGCAGAUGGCAGAAGGUGAUGAACAUCAAGCUGCUGAACAAGCCAAUGCUGAAGCAGAGGAAGAGAUGGAUAUUGAUGACACCACCACUGGGACGGCUGCAGAUGAAUCAGCCUACAUUGGAGAUAACUGUUUAUCUACUCUGGAUACAGAAAGUCAGAUGGAUCCAAUGAUGAAGGAACAAAGUUUGGAUGAGGUUGAAGGUUUAGCUGGUGCUGCAGAAGAGUCUCCUGACCAGUCUAUUAGUUCUGCUAUGCCUACCGAUAGUGGCGUUGGUGAAGGAGAUGGAGCACCUUUGGUGCAAGAUGAUGAAUCUAGUACAAUGGAUGAAGACAUGGGUGGUGGCGAAGGUGUCGCUAGCAGCGAUGAUGUUAACGACAUUAGCAGUGCAGCACAGGAAGUUCUUAGCACUGGAAUAAGUUCUAGCACGGCGGAAGGUGGAGCUGAUAUUUCUAGCAGUGGGCAAACAGAAACGCCUCUUAUAUCCUCUACAGCUAAUGGUCCUGCCAUCCUGCACUCGUUCUCUCUGGCGCCGCAACAGCAACAACCAAAUGAAUUCAGUGAUGCAGACACAUCUGAGAUGGAGGGUGCUGCAGAUACGAUGCCCACAGUGAGCGAGUCAAUGCCGUUGCUCGCGAUGACCGCGAAUGGUUCUGCACUGCUGUCACCUACCUUGCUUCCAGGCGAGGAGAGCGGCGCGGGCGUGUCGUCGUCGGUGGCGGGCGGCGGCGCGGGCGCGGCGGAGCGCGGCGCGGAGGGCGAGGCGGAGGGCGCCGUCAGCAGCUCGGGCGCGGCGCCGGGGCCGGGCGCGGGGCCGGGGCAGGGCGCGGGGCCGGGCGCGGCGCCGCCGCUGCCGCCCGCGGACGCCGCGCACGCGCUCGCCACGCUCGCCAGCGCCGCGCUGCACCACCAGCACGAACAGGCAGAGUCGGAGGAGCCAAAGCAGCAUGAUGAGGAUGCGUGGUACACCGUCGGUAUCGUGAAAGGAAAUUCAUUUACGGUCCAGAACUACAUUUCUGAUCCCAAUGUAGACCUGUCCAACUUGUCACUGGACAACCUACCAGACUUGACCGGGUUACCUACGACGGCCCUUGAGCACGGCACUGCGUACAAAUUCAGGAUUGCCGCUAUCAAUUCGUGCGGCCGAGGCGAGUUUAGUGAAGAAUCAGCAUUCAAGACUUGUUUGCCGGGCUUCCCUGGUGCUCCCUCAGCUAUCAAAAUAUCUAAAUCUGUGGAAGGAGCUCAUUUAUCGUGGGAACCGCCACAAGUUGCCGCUGAAGGAAUAUUCGAGUAUUCAGUAUACCUAGCUGUGCGGUCAAAUACGCAAUCAAAGGAGCCAUCAAAAUCGCAACUGGCAUUUGUCCGUGUGUAUUGCGGCAAAGCCAAUACGUGCGUGGUCCCGCAGUCGUCGCUGAGCGCCGCUCACGUGGACUCCUCCACUAAGCCAGCCAUCAUAUUCCGCAUCGCUGCACGAAACGAGAAGGGAUACGGGCCAGCUACGCAAGUCAGGUGGUUGCAAGAUAUCAAAUCAACGGGCGUAAAGAGAGCAGGUGAGGGCAGGCUACCAGGUGCUUCACCAUCCAAACAACCGAAACAAAUAUUGCACUAAGUGUUGAUUUUGUGUCAGUUUAGAAGUUUAAUAUAGACCAAGACAUUAGUUUGUACAGAACUACAGAUUGUUAAGCAAGUUUUGUUUAAAAUAAGGUUAGUACAUUCUACCUACGUUAUUUUUAGCUUAAGUCACAUUUGAGAGUGAAAUCUCAUCAUGUCAUUUUUAUAAAAUCACCUACAACACCUGUACACAACAUUGACUUUGAUUGCUACUUUUCCAGAGUACUAAAUAUGUUUAUUAUUACGUUUUAUUUGAUGAACUUCUUGCUGUCGUUCAAUGUAGGACGGUAAUUAGAGACUGAUGUUAUUGACGAAUGGAAAAUAUGGAAAUGUUGUACACAUAUCUGUGGAAUAUAAAUAUGGAAAAUAAUUAUUUUUUUAUUGACCCACAGUUAAUUGCAUGUUCAGUUAAAUGAUCACUUAGUAGAAUUUAGAGCCAAGUUCAGUGUCCACUCAAUAGUUCCAAAUAUAUGACUUCUAGGAUGAAUUUAUUUAAUAAGUACCUCAGAUAUUUAUGUCUUGUUGUAAAUGAGUGGCUAAGUUGGCUCGCUGUCUUAAAAUAAAACACUUGAAUUGCA